CCUGUACAAGUAGAAGGCAAUAAUUCAGGUUCACUAGAAUAUAUCAACAAAAGCAACCCUAGCUGGAAUAAACAAGUAGUUCAAGAAACUAAAGAACUCAAGGAAAUAACAAAUACAUAUAAGGAAGAACUUAAAGAAAAUAGAACAUAUAUGACAAAAGAAAAAAUCUCAUUGGUAGAAAAAAGUGACAACAACAUAGUAACACUUGUAGAACAAGACAACAAUACUUUCACACAUAAUGAAGAAGUUAUUGAAGUAUAUAUAACAAAGAUAACAACUAAACAACAACAUGUGACAAAGAGGUUUCCAAGACUAGUACAAGUAACAAAGACAACAUGA